CAUUCUAGGUUGGGCUUUCCUCCUCUGCCCCUUACGUAACACUAACCCACCUCAAAGCCGGUCAUAGUCAGGACGGCUACAGAAACACUUUGACUAACAACUUCCGUGCUUGAGAUUCAGAUUAUACUGCAUAUGCAGAUCUCAAAGAGGGAGGCUUUGUGCAUUUUGUAGCAGACGCAGCUAUUUAGAUGUUCAGGUUAACAAGGGCUGAACUGGAUCUAACCCUGAAGCUGAAAGAGCCAUUGGCUUAAAUGACACUCCCCCCAUCCCCCCACGAAGGGCACAUGGGCAGGUGAAGAUUAUCUGCUACAAAAAAAAAAUUCACAAAGAGGCAUAAUAAACUCUGCCAUUCAGCCAAUGCCCAGUAUUUGCUACACGCCCUAACGCAGUCUCCUACGGCCCUGUUUAUUGUUGAGGAAACAAUAUUACUUCUUCAAUUAACAUCGCACUUGAGUGUGAAGAGGGCAGGUGUGGAGAACGCAGCCGUGAGGUGGGGUGACCAACCUCCCGUGGGAUAAGGAAACCCAGAUGGACAAAGACUAAGAAAUACACUUCUCUCCUUAGAGGAGCUUCUUGUGCUCCCCCAGACCAAAGCCACCAACUUCUAGGAGACAUCAGAAGACAGAACACAUAAACCCAAUUCUUACUCCACGACUCUCAUCCCAUCCCAAAGAAACAAGUGUUCGUUUCUCAAGGAAGAGGCUGAAAGCGUUCAGCACUGGAAUCGACUAUCAUGGAGAUGCAUCAUGACCACCCCCAGGAUGGAUCCACAUCCUCACGUAAUCAGACGACCGUAAGUGAAGACAGUCUUUCGCUGAUUGAAGCUGUUAAAGAGGGAAAUGUUGACAGGAUCCAGCAAUUGCUGCAAAGAGGGGCUGAUGUCAAUGUCUGUGAAGACACUGGGGGCUGGACACCUUUGCACAAUGCGGUGCAGCUUGGCAGGGUAGACAUUGUCGAGCUCCUGCUUGGUCACGGUGCUGACGCCCAUCGAAGGAAGAAGAAUGGGGCCACUCCCUUCAUCAUCGCCGGGAUCCACGGAGACGUGAGACUGCUCGAGAUUUUCCUCUCUCGAGGAGCAGCUGUCGAUGAGCACGACUUGAACGGCUUCACGGCUUUCAUGGAAGCUGCCGAGAAAGGCAACGUCGAAGCCUUAAGAUUCCUUUUUGAUAAGGGAGCCAAUGUGAAUUUGAAACGGGUGACCACGGAAGACAAAAGGCGACUGAAGCAAGGAGGGGCCACAGCUCUUAUGAGUGCUGCUGAAAACGGCCACAUAGAAGUCCUGAGUAUACUCCUCAAUGACAUGGGGGCGGAAGUCGAUGCCCGGGACAAUAUGGGCAGAAAUGCUUUGAUCCGUACUCUGCUGAACUCCGAUAGUCAAAAUGUGGAGGAGAUUACUCGCCUUCUGCUCCGCCACGGGGCUGACGCUAACGUGAGAGGAGAGGGAGGGAAGACCCCCCUGAUCUCCGCAGUGGAAAGGAAACACACAGGUUUGGUGCAAGUGAUACUGGAUCAAGAGGGAAUAAACAUCGAUGACAGAGAUAGCCAGGGCAAGACAGCCUUACUAAUCGCGGUUGAACAGAAACUGAAUGGAAUCGUCCGGUUGCUGUGUGCUAAAGGAGCCAGUACCGAGUGUGGGGAUCUUGUUGAGAUAGCCAGGAGGAAUUACGAUCCUUCACUUAUAGACUUUCUUCUCCGUUACAAAGCUAACCAUCAAACCGGCCCUCCUGAUGGAAACUGGUUGCCUCACAGUUCACGCUGGGCGGAAGCCUUGAAAAGACUUCACCGUAUGCCUCGACCCAUGAUUGGCAAACUCAAGAUCUUUAUGGAUGAGGAAUUUAAAAUUGCUAGCACUUCUGAAGGGGGCAUCUACCUGGGGUUCUAUGACAAUCGAGAGGCGGCUGUGAAGGUCUUCCCUGAGGACAGCACCCGUGGACAUAAUGAGCUCUCCUGUCUGCAGGGCUGCCUUGGCCACAGUAACUUCGUGACUUUCUAUGGACAUGAGACCAGCAAGGGCUGUUCAUAUGUGUGUAUGUCCCUGUGUGAGUGGACACUGGAAGAGUUCCUGAAAGAGCACAGAAAGGAACCCGUGGAGAGUGGGGAAGAUAAGUUUGCCCGCAAUGUCCUCUUGUCUAUUUUUGAGGCUGUUAAAAAAUUACACUUGCAUGGAUACACCCAUCAGGAUCUGCAGCCACAAAACAUCUUAAUAGACUCCAAGAAAGCUGUUCGCCUGGCAGAUUUUGAUCAGAGUAUCCAGUGGAAGGAAGAGCCACAGUCGGUCAAGAGAGACUUGGAGGCCCUUGGACAGCUGGUCCUCUAUGUGGUAAAGAAAGGUGAUAUCCCCUUUGAGACACUGAAGGCUCAAAAUAAUAAAAAGGUGAUUAAAAAAUCUUCAGACGUGGUGACUAAGGACCUCAUUCAUUGCCUGUUUUAUCCUGAAAAAAAUGUAAUGAACUGUCUGGACGACCUGCUUGGCCAUCCUUUCUUUUGGACUUGGGAGAACCGCUACAGAACCCUUCGGAAUGUGGGGAAUGAAUCUGACAUAAAACAACCAAAAUAUGAAAGUGAGCUUCUCAAACAACUGCAGUCUCGGACACCUGAACCUUCCAGAAGUUUCUAUCAGUGGACAUCUAAGAUCAACGAAUAUGUUAUGGAAAAAAUGGAUUAUUUCUAUACAAAAAACAACAAAGAACCUUAUCAGGACACUGUGGGUGACUUACUAAAGUUCAUUCGGAAUAUAGGAGAACACAUCAAUGAGAACAAAAAUAAGCAAAUGAAGGAGAGAAUUGGAGAACCUUCUCGUUAUUUUCAGGAGACAUUUCCAGAUCUUAUAAUCCAUGUCUAUAAGAAACUACGGAACACAGAAUACAGAAAACAUUUUCCUCAGGCCCAAUCAAGCCUCGGUGUACCCGAGGCAGCAGGACCAGUGGACCUACAGAGCUGAGGUUUGCAAGCUCAAGGAACCAAUUUUUAAUCUGUAUAGUUCUUGGCAAGUUGCAUAUCUGUGAUCUCUUAGGUAAUCUGUUUGUUUGUGAGGGCUGAGUUAGCUAGCCAGCGUGUCAGUUUCUGAUACACUGUUCCACACAAUCACAAAAGCAGUGUACUACAAAACUGUACUACUCCAUUGUGGUGGAUAGAAUUGGGAGAGCCUUCUGUUAAGAUUUCACUUAAAAAACAACAACAACAACAACAAAAAUAGUGUGUGUGUGUGU